UGGUUUCCAGUCGCGUCCCUGCGCGCUGUAGGACGCACAGGCGAUCAGCUGAGCAGCGUUUCCUUCUUAGAGGAAGAUAGACGGAGCUGUGUUCAGUAAGACUCACUCACUCUCUGUUUGGACAGUUGAACUCGAGUUUGGCUCCUGUUUAAAAUUAUUGUGUAAAAUUGUGCGUAACGAAGCUGCUUCCGUGGACGAGAUGUUGGAGAUAUUCGCUUCGCCAAAAUGAACACAGACUGCUCCAAGCCUUCUGUUGCUCCAAAGCCAAGAUUUGUUUGUCACGCCAGCCUGAAACUGCCCUCCCCUCUCAUGUCUGCAGCCAGGGGUCCCAAACCUUCGAUAGCCCCAAAACCUAAAGUCACCCGAGAGCUUAAUGGCACCCAGGGAGGGUGCUUUAAUGGCAGCUUGCUAACUUCAGAUGGCGAGGUUGAUGAAGAGCAUGAGACAGAGAACGGUCUAAACAAAGUGGUUGCAGAGUUGUUGCCAGCAGGGAAACAAUUUAACGCCUACAUUCUCAAAUCACCACAAAAAGAUGUUCAGACUGUGGCAGCGGACGGAGAGGUGACAGAGGAGGUAAAGGUAGAGGAAGAAGACAUGGUAAAGAAGAUGGACGAGGAGUGGAGAUUAACUGACAGUGCUCUAACAGAGGAGGUGGACUCCGUUUGGGUCAGUGAUGCUGGACUCAGGGCUGACUCUGAGGAUGCGGUGGAGAUGGUUGACACGGACACGACGGAGGACAUGGACGCUGAAGGUUGUGAUGCCGGCGAGGCGCUGGCUGAUCCAGAUGGCCUCUUAGUGGGAGACAUUUCUGUUAAUAGCAUUGACGAGGAGGCCGGAUGCUUUUCUGCUGAAAAUCGACACAUGAAUGAGAGUGAGGAAAAGCUUCAAAUCAAGCAGGAUGAAACCGGUGACUGUACAGCUGAUGAUUUAACUGAGUCUCUCACAGACGAACCGGGUCUCCUCAGCAAUGACACCGAUACACAAGUUGUUCUAACAGAUGGAGAGGAGAAAGACGAGGAAUCUGCUCUGGAUUGUGGCAUCACGUGUAACAUCCUGAAGUUUAGGUGUGGCCAUAAAAUGAAGGAAAAGGGCAAAAACCUGCAGAACAUUAGUUUUUCUGACUUAAUUUCCAAAGACCAGAAACAGAUAUGUGAGAGACAUGUUGCCACAGAGGAUGAUCCAACUCCUGAACCUUAUUAUGUCUCCUCAGAGGAUAUUAUUAACAAAGAGAUAAUGCCAAGGAAUAACCCAGCUCAGGGUCUACCAGAGAGUCCACUCAUUCCACAGAAACUUCUGUCCAUAAACAGCAGCGGAGUAUCAACCGGGAUAAAUGAGGAAACAGCAGAAAAUGGACAAUCCUCUGAAGAUUACGUGGAGAUUGGUAACAAUGGGUACAGCAGCCACUACAGAGAUGAAAACAAGGCAAGAACAUACCAGAAAAGGACGACUGUCAAAACUGAAGAACUCAAAGCUCAGACAACGGAGGCCUUGUUGAAUCAUUUAGACUGCCAGCCAAGGUUCAGGCUGGUAUCUAUCUCAGUGCCAACAGACACUGACACCUCGCUGACAUCUUCUCUCUCGGAGAGCCAGCUGCUCUCCCCGAAUGACUCAGAUGUCUUCAGAGACGAGGAAGACCUGGAGGGUCACAUAGUGCCGUUUCUGGAUGACACCACCGACACGGAGCAGGACAUCAGCGAUGAGCACGUCUAUGAGGAGCCAGGCCACAGCUCGGAGGGUGAAAAUGUUUUCCCUUUUGAUAAGAGAACAACAGAGAGGCGUGCCCGCUCGCUGUCACACCGCAUUAAUAAUAACGUGGCUGACAUGGGAAUGCAGUUUGUCCAGAGGCCCUACAUGAGUGGAUUCGGACAACCUGCAUUGAGCAGCAGCCCCAUGUUGAGCUCAAUGCUGCACAAGACCCGUGCCAAACCCCACUAUUUGUCCCUGUACCCCCGCUCUCUCUCUAUGGAGGGACAGGACACCCCUCUGGGUGCCUACAGCUACAGGGAAGGAUCCCCAAGACAGGGAGGUGCAAUUUGUUCAUCUGGAAGCUUCUCCCGGUGCUCACCUCUGUCGUCCAGUGGCCUGUCCACUCCGACCUCUGUAGUGGAUAUCCCUCCUCCGUUUGACCUGGCCUACAUCACCAAGAGGCCCAUCACGAAGAGUUCCCCCUCGCUUUUCAUGGAAGGAGACUCGUCUGAGAAAAACAGGAAAAAGAAAUCCUCCAUUAAGCGUUUCCUGAUGCUCAAAUUUAGGCGAAAAACUGAGAGCAAGUCUGUGGUGGAUGUCAACCCAUCCUCCUUCAAGUCCUCAGCAGAGUCCAGCCACCACAUGCCCAGCAGACUACUGGAUCUAGAUAGACACAGCCUAAGUAGCUCUCCACAUCUCAACUUGCGCUCUGCUUUUAAACCUCAUGUUUCACCUGAGCUGGCCUCAAAGUUCUUGCUCUACAAUGACAGCAAAAGAAAAGGGAGCUCCAUGGCCUUUCUAAAUCGCAGCGUUGUCCGGGUGGAGUCCUUUGAGGACCGCUCCCGUGUGCCUUUCACACCUCUCCCCCUGACUAAGCCUCGCUCCAUCUCCUUUCCCAAUGCGAAUACCUCAGACUACGAGAAUGUUCCUGCAAUCAGCUCGGAUUACGAGAACCUUCAGGUCCCGCAGAGGAGACCUGUAAGACAAACGCCAUUCACAGGGUUCUUUGACCGUCCCAGUCGGGCUCUGUCCUCAGCCAAUGACACUGACGGUUAUGUGGACAUGAGCAGCCUCCCUGGGUUCAGGAGUAAAACUCAGACAUCUGAACAGGAAACAGAGAGUGCCUAUACAGAAGCCUACAACGUGUGUUCGGUGGCUGUCGCUCCACAGACUGUUUCAGUGGGUGAUGCUGGGGGAGAGACAGCGGGUGAGGAUGACCAAGGACGCACCUCUGAGGAGGAAGAGGGAGGUGCAGACAAUUAUGAUAGACAGCCUGAUGGCCGAUCCAGAGCCUUUUACAUCGCGAAAGAGCUGGUGGAUACAGAGAGAUUACAUGUGAAAGCCCUCAAGCUCCUGCAGGAAGACUUUCGGGAAGCGGUGGGGGCAGCAGUCGGGGACGAGGGGGAACUUGUGUUGGAUGAAGAGAGGCUUCGAGAGAUUCUUAAUGAGCUGCCUGAUAUUUACACCCUGCACCGCAGAAUCCUCAACGAGCUGGAGAAUCGAAUCCGACACUGGGAGGAGAGCCAGAGGAUUGCAGACAUCUUCCUGUCCAGAAAAGCCGAGUUCUUGGUUUUUACCACUUACAUCGGCCACUACGACCGCAGUAUGAGCCUGCUGGAGGACAGCUGCCGAACUUCACCUGCCUUUGCAGCCAUUGUUCACCAGUUUGAGCAGGAAAGUCCUGCUGGGGAGAAAGUGUCUCUGAAACAUCAGCUCCUGCAGGUCAUUGUGCGCGUAGCUCAGUACCGCAUGCUCCUCACUGAUUACCUGAAUAACCUCUCCCCUGAUUCCAAGGAAUAUGAAGACACCCAAGCCGCUGUGGCAGUUGUGUCUGACAUUGCAGAUCAAGCAAAUGACAGCAUAAAACAUGGGGAGAACUUGUUGCGUCUGGUCAACAUAGAGUACAGCGUUCGUGGCCAACGGGACCUGCUGCAGCCUGGCAGGGUCUUUGUGAAAGAGGGCACCCUGAUGAAGGUCAGCAGGAAGAGUCGACAGCCCCGCCAUCUGUUUUUGAUGAAUGAUGUGCUGCUGUACACCUACCCUCAGCAGGAUGGGAAAUACAGGUUGAAGAAUACUCUGCCACUCACUGGGUUAAAGGUUAGUAAACCCAUCAUAGAAAAUGUCCAAAAUGCACUGAGGAUAGAAGGAACAGAUAUCUCCAUCACUUUGUCUGCAAGUUCCUUCAUUGAAAGAGAGGACUGGUUUUACACUCUAAGCCGCACUGUGACUGAACAUGCCCGGGGAUCUGUUGCAUUUAACAGCUGCUCAGGAGAGCCCAGAGAUCGUCUGCGGCUGUCUCUAGGGGAGAAAGCUCCCACACUUGUUCCAGUCUCACAAGUGAUGAUGUGCAUGAACUGCACCUCAGAUUUCAGCCUCACUCUUCGCAGACACCACUGCCAUGGCUGCGGAAGAAUUGUUUGUCGGAGCUGCUCCAGGAACAGAUAUCCACUGAAAUACAUGAAAGACCGCAUGGCCAAAGUGUGUGAUCACUGUUACAGCGAGCUAAAGAAGAGAGGGGGAGACGUGUCUGCACUGUCAGGUAAAAGCAGCCCUCGUCCAAACCGCUCCAGUCGCCCUCUCUCAGCUGUGUUCCAAAAUAUUCAUCCUCCCAACAUCUGGAGACAUCGGAAAGGCACAGCCUCCUUCACCCAGGUGACCCUGUCAGAGGAAGGCUCCAUUAGUGGCAGUCUACAGCGCAGCAAGAAGAGCAAGAGGAGCUGGAAGAGACUUUGGUUCCUCCUAAAAGACAAGGUGCUUUACACCUACCGAGCCCAAGAGGAGAAAGUGGCAUCAGAGAGUUUACCUCUGCUGGGUUUCACAGUGAAGCUACCAGACAAGCAGGAAGGGGAGGAGGAAGAGGCCAGCAUCUUCCAGCUUUACCACAAAAACACUUUGUACUAUACCUUUAAAGCUGUGGACAACUACACAGCCCAGAGGUGGGUAAAUGCCAUGGAGGAAGCCACAGUUUUAUAGGAUCAGCUACUCUGGGAGGGUUUGCCAAAAAUAGAAGUCUGCUGCCUUUCCUCUGCCCCAAAAGAACUGUGAAACCAAGAACAGAAGAUUGGGAAUAAAACACAAUUUUUGAUUAUGUCUGCAAGUUGUCUAAAAAAGAAGACAUCGUGUUCUUUGAGAGGGGACACGAUUACCUACUUUGUCAACCUCCAGUGUCCCCUGCCUGCUGUUACAGCAGGUGUGAUGCUGAGAGCCACGAGAGGCGUUGGCCCAGAUACCUGCCAGUGUGGAACAUUACAUCGAUGCGACCUGUAUUUCUCCCAGGAGCUGAUCAGCGACAUUCCUCUGGAAGAUAAAUAUAUUCUAUGAUUUUUUCAACAUAUCAAAUAUUUCAAAACAACAUAAAAAAGUAUUUCAAUAACUCUUUAACACUUUAAACCAGUCAUUUUACUGUUGCUAACAUGGAGGCUGAAAAAAUAGUAACAAAUUUCAACCUCAAAUGUGGAAUAGCCUGAUCUUCAGUUACAAAAUGUGUUAGUUACGCCUUCAUUUGAACAUGUGUUCUUCCACUGGAUUUAAUGCAUCUCUAUGACUAAUACUUUGAAGCACAGGCUGUAUCAAAGAAUGAGUAAUUUUAUAUGUAUAGAAGUGUCUGUAGCUUUGCCAUGUACUGUAUUGUUUGAGAUGGUCCUGCAAGUGAAUAAAUAGUUUCUAUGCCUUUUUGCACUGAUAUAAAAAGGAAUGAACCUGAUAUAGAGAUAUUAGUGUAUCUUCAUCAUAAAGGCCAAAAGCUACUGAACAUUACUUACUCCAUUUACUUCACUUUUUUAUUGAGAAAAAUGUUGCCAAUUACAUCUUUACUGUUUUAAAUAGGCCUAACUAAAGCAAGUAUAGUGUAAAUUCUUAUUUGUAUAAAGACUACACAUCCAGUUGAGCCAUGAAGCACUGACUUUGCUGAUCUACAUAAUCAGUGUUUUGGACAUUGUACUGUACUUGAUGAUUUAAGUUUAAAUGUCUAACACUAAUAUUUUAAAAUCAAGUAAAGGAGGCUGUAAUGAUGGAAACAGUCUGUGUGUGUGUGUGUGUGUGUGUGUGUGUGUGUGUGUGUGUGUGUGUGUGUGUGUGUGUGUUCUCUUCAUCCUCUUCCUGGCCCCUAGGUUGCAAGUGGGCUAAACAUGAAAGUACAACAGGCCGUCAUUGACUUCCUGUCACUGUGUCCUUGCUGGUGGAGUUCAGUAAAUUCAUAAAAAAUGGAAACGUUACACUUGUAGUGCCCCUUAUAUGAGCCUAUCUUGUCUGUGUUGACAUGUAGUACAUGUGUGGCCUGUUCUCAUCAAACACCAAGCUGGCAAGUGUUUGAGAUCACACUUAGAGCUGCUUGGGAAGACACUGGGGGACUGAGUGACACACACACAGACCAGUGUGCUGUGUGGCCAAAGAAAGGCCAGGCCUGCUCUGCUUCUCAUCUCCCCCUGGGGCUUCCUGACCCAGAAUAAUACCAGGCAGAAAGUUUGCUUUCUGGGGCUCCUGAAAAGUUGCAGACACCUCGUCCUAUAUAGAGGACAGAUCAUUCAUCACUCUGCUCUCCCUCUUAGCCCCAGUUCUGUUUUCUCCCUCCUCUGUCACUUCACUCUUCUCAUCUCAUCUUUUUAGUGUUUUCUUUCCUUUGUUUCUAUCGGUUAUGACACAAUACUUACAGGUUUUUUUAAGUAUUUAUCUUCCCACACUUCCUGCACCUGUUCCUUCUCCCCAAAUCCUUCAGCUGGAAUAACUUUUCUUAAUUGGCUGUGGAGAACAAUGUGCAAAACAAGGUGCAGACACUCACUUAAAUAAGUUAAACCUAAAUGCAGAAGUGUUUUCUGCUCUCAGCUUCUAUAUGUAAAACAGAGCUUUGUAUUUUACCAUACUUCUGCUUUAGAUAUUUCUGGUUACAACAAAGCAGCAAGAAACAAGACAUUGUUGACUGAAACUGAAGACUAAACAAGACAAAAACGGCAA